UGUGCGCGCGCUGUGGAGAAAAACUAUUUGAAAGAAAAAAUGGCGGAAAAACAUUCAGACGCUGUACAAGGUUGCGGAACUGUCGCCGAUAACGUCAACGUUUCCCAGAAUGAGGUCGACGCAGUGAAGCAGACAUCGAAAAGAUGCGCCUCCUCAAGCCCCAGCACGCCUCCCCCAAACAAGUCUCCUCGUCCCGUCUUCCCAUCGACCAGCACACGGUUUCCAGAUGCAGUGGAAGGACAGUCGGGAACAGACACACUAGCGAUGCAGACGGAGGACAAGGAGGGACCUUCAAGUCCCGCUGUCGACCCCACUGCACGGAGGAAAUCCUGGAGGAGGGCCACUUUAACCCGACGCUCUCUCCCUGCCCUUCCCAACCCUUAUCGGGUUUUGUGCAGGAGCAUAAGUGCAUCCUUAUCACAGCAGGAGAGGCUUGAAAAAUUGAUGGAGGCUUCAAUGAAGCUGGCAAUAGAAAGAACUCAAAGUUCGCUGCAGUCAGUGCCAAACGCCUCACUAGAUUCUUUUCAAAAACAAGUUGAGCGCAUGCAGAACGAGUGGGGUUGUCUCUCAAAAAGCAUACGCGAUGAACGAGGGGGUCAUCAACUCCCUGCUAGAGCGGCCAGUUCCAGUGAUCCUAUAGUGCAAAAAGCCAUGGAAAAGGUCCAGAAAGCCAUCAAUAGUCUCCAGGCUGAAAGUGAGUCUUGGGAGGCACUGUUGAACAAACACCAGAGUAAAGCAGAGGAAUUGGAAAGGAAAGUGGAGCAGGGCCAGAAAGGAGGCGUAUCAUUAGACUCUACAUCUGUGGCCCAGUCCUCACAGUACCAUUUUAUACAGAGCAAACCUGACUACCACGGUUUCCUCUGUAGACAACAGCCCAUGCUUCACACUAUGGCAAUGAUUAUGGACACUCAGAGUAAGAUGGUUAGUGAGCUUCUGUCCAUCAAGGAGCAGUCACAGCUAUUGGUGAAAGAGACUAGUGGCCGAUUGGCGGCAGAGGCAGGAUUCCAGGAUCUUUCACCGGACCUCAUCAGGAACCUCAUUGCAGCACCUUUAUCCUCUGCAACUACAUAGUCACUCUGGCAGGAAGCAAUCACAAUCUACUGAACCAUGACUUUGUGACAUGUUUAUGAUACUCAUAUAUUCUGGUAAUUUUGGUUCUGGUAACAUUUAAUUUCUUGCUUAGUCUUUUUUUGACACCUUUUAUUGGAUAGAGUAAGCUCUAAUUGCAUAUUUUCUGUGUCAAAUAAAACAACUCCAUCUGAA